AUGGCAUCGAGACCGGAGCUCAAAGUGGACGACGAGUACGGCUUUAUCAAAUUCUUCAGAAACCUGUCCGGUACAGACGACGAUACGAUACGACUAUUUGACAGAAACGACUACUACACAGCGCAUGGGGAUGAUGCCAAGUUCAUUGCACAAAACCAAUACAAGACAACCUCGGUAAUCAAGCAACUUGGCCGUGAUCCUGGUCUUCCAUCCGUCACACUCUCCCAAACGGUAUUCCGGAACUUCCUACGCGAAGCUCUGUUCCGUCUCGGCAAGCGUAUUGAGAUCUGGGAAUCCACCGGCAAGAACAAAUUUACUCUCGCCAAACAAGCCUCACCAGGAAACCUCCAGGAUGUUGAAGACGAGCUCGGCAGUAGCAUGGAAGCUGCACCAAUCAUUCUUGCCGUCAAAGUGUCAGCCAAAGCAUCAGAAGCACGUAAUGUUGGUGUCUGUUUCGCAGACGCAAGCGUACGUGAGCUCGGUGUGAGCGAGUUUGUGGACAACGACAUUUACUCAAAUUUCGAGAGCUUGAUCAUUCAACUUGGUGUCCGAGAGGUUCUUGUGCAGUACGACGGAUCGAAGAAAGAUGGGGAGCUGGCUAAGCUACGAGCUAUCGCAGACAACUGCCAAUGCGCUGUGUCAGAACGCCCCUCGGCAGAUUUCAGCAGCAAAGAUAUCGAGCAGGACUUGAACAGGCUGCUGCGUGAGGAACGCACCUCGACUCUGCCGCAGACCGAACUGAGAUUGGCCAUGGGAGCUUCAGCCGCCCUCGUCAAGUACCUGGGGGCCAUGUCAGACUCUUCCAACUACGGCCAGUAUCAACUAUACCAGCACGACCUGUCGCAAUACAUGAAGUUAGAUGCAUCUGCGCUGAAAGCUCUUAACCUCAUGCCUGGACCCAAAGAUGGCUCAAAGACGAUGAACUUGUAUGGCUUGCUCAACCACUGCAAAACACCCAUCGGUAGCCGACUCCUCGCCCAAUGGCUCAAGCAACCCUUGAUGAACCUGGAAGAGAUCGAGCGCAGACUGCAACUUGUCGAAGCAUUUGUCAAUGACACCCAACUGGCCGAGUCAAUGUCUUCAGAUCACCUCAGGUCCAUCCCUGAUCUGUACCGUCUGGCCAAGAAGUUUCAACGCAAGAAUGCCAACCUGGAAGACGUCAUUCGUGUUUAUCAAGUCGCUAUUCGCAUACCUGGUUUCAUCGGUACCCUUGAAGCGGUCAUGGACGAACAGUACAAGGAUCCUCUUGACAGAGAAUAUACCAACAAGCUGCGUGAGUGUGCUGAUGCUCUUGGCAAGCUACAAGAGAUGGUAGAGACAACGGUGGACCUUGAUGCGCUUGAGAACCACGAGUUCAUCAUCAAAUCCGACUUCGACGAAGGCCUUCGCGUGAUCCGAACAAAACUCGACAAGCUUCGUUACGGUAUGGACAAAGAGCAUGGCAGAGUCGGUGACGAUCUUGGCCUCGACACGGAGAAGAAGCUCUUUCUUGAAAACCACAAAGUUCAUGGUUGGUGCUUCCGCGUCACAAGAGCAGAGGCUAGCACGAUUCGCAACAAAAAGCAGUACCAAGAAUGCUCGACGCAGAAGAACGGCGUCUACUUCACCACAAACUCCUUGCAAGCAAUGCGCAGGGAGCAUGAUCAGUUGUCCGAAAGCUAUAACCGCACUCAAAGUGGUUUAGUACAGGAAGUCGUUGGAGUAGCAGCCUCAUACUGUCCCGUUGUUGAAAAGCUUGCAGGCAUCCUUGCACACAUGGAUGUUAUUGUAUCAUUCGCUCAUGUCGCUCUCACUGCGCCUACGCCCUACUGCCGACCAAAGAUGCACCCUCGCGGCACCGGUGAUACCGUUCUCAUCGAAGCUCGUCAUCCUUGCAUGGAAGCUCAAGACGAGAUCACUUUCAUGCCCAACGAUGUUACUCUCAAGCGUGAUGACUCUGAGUUCUUGGUCAUCACAGGACCCAACAUGGGCGGUAAGAGUACGUACAUCCGCCAAAUUGGUGUCAUCGCAUUGAUGGCUCAGAUGGGCUGCUUUGUACCCUGCACAUCAGCCGAGCUCACGCUCUUCGACUGUAUUCUUGCUCGUGUAGGUGCUAGUGACAGUCAACUCAAGGGUGUCUCAACAUUUAUGGCAGAAAUGCUGGAAACAGCCAACAUCCUCAAAUCAGCGACAAAAGAGAGUCUGAUCAUCAUUGAUGAACUGGGCAGAGGCACCAGCACAUACGAUGGUUUCGGUCUGGCUUGGGCCAUCAGCGAGCACAUCAUCAAGGAGAUCGGUGCCUUUACUCUCUUCGCAACACACUUCCACGAGUUGACUGCACUGGUGGACACAUAUUCACAAGUUCAAAACCUGCAUGUCGUUGCGGAUGUUAGUGAUGGAUCAUCAGCAGACUCUACGCCUCAAGUUCUGCUCAUGUACAAAGUCGAGCCCGGCAUCAGUGACCAAAGUUUCGGUAUCCACGUUGCCGAACUCGUCCGCUUCCCACAGAAGGUCAUUUCUAUGGCCAAGCGCAAGGCAGAUGAAUUGGAAGACUUUGCUGGCAAGUACGAAGAGGCAAAGUCCGAGCUGAAGAACGUAAGCAAGGAGGAUGUUGCUGAGGGCAAUAGACUUCUUAAGGAGCUACUGUUGAAGUGGAAGAACGAGACAGAAGGUCAAAACAUGGAUGGCAAGGAACAGGUCAAGAGACUUAAGACCAUGGUCGCCGAGAAUGAGAAGUUGAGGGCUAACAAGUUCUUCGAGGGUCUGAAGGGAUUGUGA